UUCAGUUCAUAUUAUUUGUUAACAAACAUUUAGUCGUUUUAUAUGACUACAAAUUACAUUUUGGUAAAUGAUAGUUAAAAUAGACGUGGCAUGGAAAACAAUUUAGCUUAUUACGACUCGAUCGAAAUUUUCGUCCAAUUUUUGCAUGGGUGGUCUUCCAUCAACGUCAUGUGUCGUAGAGUUUCAAUUGCAGCUGUGCGAUAAAAAACUUGGAUCUGAGUGCUUCGCAGCAGCAGCUCCAAGAACAGCAGCACAGUGAACAUGGACACUCUAUCCAGCCAUAGUUCAUACCUGCUGCAGCAGCUCCAGGAGCAGAGGAUCCAGGGGUUACUGUGUGACUGCAUGCUGGUGGUGAAAGGUGUCUGCUUUAAAGCACACAAAAAUGUCCUGGCAGCAUUCAGUUCUUACUUCAGGUCUUUGUUUCAAAAUUCACCAAGUCAGAAGAAUGACGUUUUUAACUUGGUGAUCCAGGAUGUGGGUGGCAUUGGCCAAGUAUUGGACUAUAUGUACACCUCCCAUCUCGACAUAAACCAGGAUAAUGUACAAGCACUCCUGGACAUCGCCCAGUGCUUGCAGGUCCCAAAUGUGCAGAGCUUGUGUAACACUUUCCUCAAACCUUGUCCUCCACCUGUGGAAAUUCCACCCUUCUCUCUGUUGGGCACUGAGCAUGACUGCCUCCUAGGGAGCAGUCUACCACACGAUGUUGACCUCCACUGUCUCUCUGAGGCCCAGAGACCUGGGUCCAGCACUGACACAGACCACACCAAAAAAAUGUCUUUUUCUUCCUCUACCAGCAGUUCAGGCUGUAAACCAUCUAACAGCAACCAGGCACCUGCAGAGAAACAGUUAGUCCAUGGCUACAAACUGCGCAACUUCUACAGCAAACAAUACUUUAAACAGAGCGCACUUGAGACAAGUAAUGCAAACUCAAUUCAAGGUCCAGGUCCUUUGUUGGUGAUUGAAGAGCAGCAGUGUUCUCUGGGGAUCAGUCACGGGGACAACAGCUCACCUGUAGACUCAGGAACCUUACUUCAGCCCAAUCCUUCCAGUGCUUCAGUAGCAUCAGAGAAGAACCCGGUUUCUUCUCUGAUGCCGUCAGAAAAUCUAAACAUUCCCAACUUUGGUCCAGCAGACUCCUCUCUCAACAGGCCAGUCCGCCCAAAAAAGGCUGUGUAUCUGAAAAAAUACAACUACCUGAGGUCCCAGAAAGCUUGGGAGGAAAUAUGCAUGGAAUCUGUCCACGAACCUGUCCUCAGCUGUACCAAAGAGUGUCAGCCGGAGGAGUCAGUUCUUCAAACUGAGGCUCCAGAGACUCUGGUUGAAGACAACGCAGUCACUGAAGAGAAUGUUGUAGAGCCCACGGCAACUCCACAGCAUCCCAGUCCUUCACCUUUGGAGCCGGAGGAAGACAAACUAAAGCCACAGCAGCAGAGAGGAAACAGACAGCACCGCUGUCACAUGUGUGGGAAGAUUUUCAAACACCCGAGCAACUUGGAGCUACACAAGCGUUCGCACACUGGUGAGAAGCCCUUUCAGUGUAACAUUUGUGGAAAACAUUUCUCACAGGCUGGAAAUUUACAGACUCAUUUGCGGCGACACUCUGGGGAGAAACCGUACAUCUGUGAAUUAUGUGGCAAAGGUUUUACAGCAUCAGGGGAUGUCCAACGUCACAAAGUGGUCCACACAGGAGAGAGGCCACAUCUGUGUGAUAUCUGCGGUCGAGGAUUUAACAACUUAAGCAACCUCAAGGAGCACAAGAAGACUCACGCCACAGACAAGACCUUCACCUGUGAUCAGUGUGGAAAGUCUUUCAACACACAGAGAAAGUUACUGAAGCACAGGAACAGACACACUGGAGAAAAGCCACACAGCUGUGCUACAUGUGGGAAGUGUUUUGCUGGUUCUGGGGAUCUGCAGCGUCAUAUACGCAUUCACACAGGAGAGAAACCUUACAUCUGUGAUGCCUGUGGUAAGAGCUUCUCUCGCUCCGCCAUGCUGAGGAGACACUGCAGCAAGAACUGCAAAGGUUCUCCACGUACCAGUGCUGAGACCGAUGCCUCAGAGCGGAAGGGUCGCUCACGCAGAGCACCUUCAUCAGCCAAAGCCAAUAGACGCAGAAAACCCUGCGCCUCCACCAGUGAGCAUCAGGAGUCUGCCGUCAUGCCUCAGACAGGGACAGAGAAGCCAUCUCCACCAGCUCCUUCACCCUCACCACAUAUUGAAACUCAUUCUUCCAGCUUGCAUGCUAGCCCAGCUUCCACACCGCUUCCAGAGCUGCGCUCCCUGAUGCCACCUCACCUUCUACCCUCCAGCCACCAGGAGAAAACUGCAUCUGUGGCUGCUGCUGACCACCACACAAAACUGGUUAAACAGCAUCUGUCUACAGAGGCUGUCUAUGGUCCGUAUGUGGAGACUGGGACUAUGACAAUGGAAGUGGGCAGAGGCAGACCCUACCUACCUCCUCCUCCAGACAAUCACUGUGUCACACUGCCGUCUUCCACCCGGUCCAGCAGUGGCUCAUACAGGUCCACCGAAGGCCAGUUCAUCUCCAGUGUAACUCUGUGGGGCCUAGCAAUGAAAACACUGCAGAAUGAUGACAUGGAGCAGUAGAAUGCAGUACAAAAUACUUCUCCCAGAUGGAGGCAUCCCAAAGAUGAUGAUUGAUUUAAUGUGGUUAAAGGAAGAUCAGUGAAGUUUUGAACAGCGUUAUCUGUGAAUGUGUCGACAUGGGGGGCUUUACAGUAGUCCUACCUACAAAAGGGAGGCUCUGUAGAAAAGUUUGGGAGCCACAGCCUUGAUAUGUCUCCAAAGAAUAUGUUAUAAGCCUGAAUUGCUGUGAGAAGUUACUCUGUAUAAAUGUAAAUCCUUAAAUUGAACUCUAAUUUCAAUAAAAAUAUAGGUAUCAGUUCAGUUGGUGCAUACCUGGCAUUAGUUUGGGGUCAAAGGUCAGAAAUCUGCAUCUGUUUAAUGUACAAAAACAUUUUCUGGACUGAGAAUCAACAACUCGGCACAUGUGGAAAACUUCACAUUUUCACCAGAACAAAAAAUGUCUGAACUUCAAACAACAAAAAUCAGUCAGCUAACAUGGAUCCAAAUUCUCUCCUGUAGAUUUUUUAAUUUUUAUUUUAAAACUUUGUAUUUUCACAGCCCACACAGUUGAUUCAAGUGACGUCACUAAAAUAUUUUUUACAACUCCCCUUUAUCUUCACAGAGUACAAUCAGUAGUGCCUCCUAGGGUAUGAAUGAGGAAUUACUUCAUUUCAUUGUGACAAAUGUCAGAUCAGUGACUUCUUGUCAUGUGGGCUGUAACAGUUCUCUGAGUGAAUCUUAACAGGUCAUUAAGUCAAUAAAUAAAAGGAGCAGUGGAAUGAAUUUCUGUUUUAAAUUAACUUAAUACAUUAUUUAAAGCUCAGUUAAAACUGAAUCACAAACAUUGGGUCAAAGUUACUGCAUAUUAAAUCACGUAAAUCUUCUCACUUCACUGACCUUUUGGAGACGUUCUAUGAACUAAGUCAUGGUCACAGUCACACA